AUGGUCCCUUUGAAUGAGGACGGCCCGGAGCAGGGUGUCUGUGCCAUUUGCCAAGACCUCCUGAAGGAGGCCGUGAGCACUGACUGCGGGCACCUCUUCUGUCGCGUGUGCCUGACCCAGCACGCCAAGAAGGCUUCCAGGGACCUCUGCUGCCCACUGUGCAGGAAGCCCUGUUCCAAGGGGGUGCUGGGAGAAGGCUACCUUUGCCACAGGCACCAGAAGAGAGUGCGCAGCUUCUGCGAGGAGAGCAAACUCCUCCUGUGUGUGGAAUGCCUGGAGUCCCCUGAACACCGGUCCCAUCUGGAGCCAACCAUUGGAGACGCCAUCAGCCACUACAAGGAACGGCUCAACCGCCGGAGCAGGAGGCUCAGGAAGGACCUCACCGAACUUCAGCGGCUCAAGGCGCAGGAAGAGAAGGAGCGGCAGGCCUUGCAGUCCCAAGCAGCCUCUUUUCCGUGGUUUCAGACAGACUGUGGGAACCGCAGACUGCACGCGGAGCUGGAGAGCCAGCACCAAACCGAGGGACAGCUAGAUGCGCCCCCUCUGCAGGAGCUAGGUCAGCUGGAGCACACGUCUGCAGAGGGCGCUGGAACCCUCAACCUCUCCGAGGCGGUAACACAGCUCGGCACCCUGGUGGCUGAUCUGGAGAGGACGGCCAAGGAGCUGGACGCCAACACCCUGAAGGACGCCAGGGACUUACUGAACAGGAGUGCUCCACAGAAAUUAGACAGACUCCUCUCUCUCCUUCCUCCAGCCGGUCCGGCGCCCCAUUAGGCCUGCCACCUCCGGAACACAGCCUCAUUUCCUCAGCCCGACAGCCGUGUCCCGACGCCUCACCCUCCGACACGGAGGCAGCCUCCUCCCUGAGCCAGGCUCAUCUUUGUGGCUCCCGUUGUGAAGGCCAGAGCCGGGCUCCCCAGGGCCGUUAGGGUGAUCUCCACUUGGCCUGUGAGCCAUGGGAGCCCUACCACUCACCUUCUCCUGUUAC